AUGGGUAGGCCUAGCCGGAAACGCCCGCGGGAACCGGAAAGCAAGACAUGGGCACCGCCGCUACAGGCUAGUACACCGUCUUACCCCUUCGGCACCUGCCCUAACAGCGAUCUUGCCUCUCUGAUAGUUGGCAGAGAUGGUGGCAAAGCCAAACCUGCCAGUGGCGAUGAUGCCGACGAAAGCACAGCGCCGACGGCGGUGGUGCAGGGCGUGUGGGGACGGCUGAGCGAAGCAGAUAUCGCUAAUCUUCCGCCGGCGCUAAGCGUCGGGGUGAACGUCGAGAUCGAUGAAGCCGGGGUGGCAUGGCUGAUAAACACUUCUACUCAAGGCCACCCGUCUUCUGGUUGCACGACCCAUGAUGGAAGCAUACGAUCCGUGCCAGAAACGCAGGAAUGUUGUGACUCGACGCCCUUGCAACGCGUGGCAGCGGAAGCAUCGCUAGCUCCGGAACCUUCGAGGGUCCAGGCACGUCAUGACAGGGGUGGCGGGCUGCAGGCGGCGAGCGAAACCUCAUCAAACGUGUUAUUCGGCGCUCGUGAGACUUGUCUGCACGAGCAGCUUUCGAGUGUAAAACGAGAUUUCGACGAGAUACCCGCAGCGGUGUUCAAGCGCGCGCGAAGCGCCUGCAACCCUGCGGAGGCUCUUGGUAGAGGGUCGUUCCUCAACCGCUCCGCCAUGAAGCUCGCCAACAUCGACGCCAUCGUCGACGGACUACUAACGCUUCCAUGUGUGGGUUCCAAUGAGCAGGGCCUGGGAGAGGAAGGCAAACCGGCGGCGCUUGACAAAGGAUGCCAUGUUGAACCGCUCCAACCCAAGAAACCACACCCAAGUCUACCGGCAGCACCGCCAUUACUGUUCGCAGAUUUGUGCGGAGGUCCCGGAGGGUUCUCGGAGUACCUGCUGAGAAGACGGCGGAAGCUUGGUUUGCCCGCGCGGGGGUGGGGCAUUUCACUCCGACAGGUGGGUGAUAAGAGCUACAGAGGCAACAAUAAUGAUGGCGAUACAGUUCGUUUUCAGGAUGGUCGGUCGGCCAUGAAGGUGGGCGUCAACGAUGACAGAGACCCCUGCCGCAUCUCGUUUUCAAAAGAUGAACCAAGCGGGGAUCCUAGCUGGAGGAAAGGAACGGGAGAUGAAACGCCUCUCACACCUUCAACGCUUUCGGGUGGAGACGUCAGAGCCAAGCGUACAACAACUAUUGUCACGGCCGCAGCGGCUCCCUCGCUCGAGAUGCAUAUAGACUACGGCCCGAACGGAACGGGAGACUUGACCGACGAGGCCAACAUCCAAGGGUUCGUGGAAGCUAUCCGGACGUCGACAGGGGAGAAGUACCUUGACUUGGUGGUAGCGGAUGGUGGGUUCGGGGCGGCAAGGGAUGCCCUGCAGCAGGAGAGGUUGCUAUCGCCGCUCGUGCACGCUGAGGCUUUGACGGCACUGCUAUUGCUUCGGGAAGAAGGGUCCUUCGUUUGCAAGCUGUUCGAGUGCUGGACGGAAUCGACGGCUGCACUUCUGUACCUGCUGCACCGCAAGUUUCGACGAAUCGCAAUCGUCAAACCGAUCGCAAGCCGUCCCGCUAGCGGUGAGCGCUACCUGGUCUGCACGGGAUUUUUGCCACCUCUACCAUCGGCGGCAGGGUGCCCCUUCACAGAUGCACUCCGUGCCAAGGUGCAAGCUCUGCAAAUCAUUGAACGGCGCCGUUCUGAUCCCGUUGAUGAGUCGACUGCGAAGGACCCCAGGGAGCCGGAUUCUUCGGUUGAUGGCGCGAUCGCUGUUGGCGGCAGUCGUGAAGGCAACGAUGAUGCUGACGGCAACCGGUUGGAUGUGGCUGCUCUAGGCAUAGAGGCCGACAUGAAACAGGACGCGAGCUUCUUGGCGUACUUGAGGUUUGCAAACAACCGACUUGCGAGCCUGCAGGCCGAGGCUUGCGCCCGAAUCAUCGGCGUAGCGUCAACCAAACGGGGGCGCGCGUGGGCUUUCCGAGACAGCAUCAGCAGCAGAAACGCAAAUCACGCGGGCGGCGUCGAGCCUUGGGGCCGCUUUGCAGUGGGCGAAGCUCCCCAAGAACCUAUCGGGACGGCGGCCACCGCUGGUGGAAUUUCAAGGCACGAUGGUACGCGUAGCGGAGGCGAUUGGGAAGUGGACGGCUGCGGCGGUCAAGACCGUUGUAUGACAGACGGCGUCUGCAGCAGUGCCGGCGCAGCAGGGGAAGAAGGGGAGGAGGCCGACGAUGGUGAUGCGGCAGCCAUGCAGUGUUUUUGGCGGGCGUGGGGCCUUGACGGGCUGUGA